UACCAGUUUAAUAGUCCGUUAGCAGCGAAGACUCGUUUUUUCGAAAACCCUUUUUAACGAAUAUUCGCUAAAAAUUCCAAAAAUCGGCUUAUGAGAUGUUUGGGCUAAUUUAUGACUUAUGAGCCCAUUCUGUCGUAUAAAUGUGACCAUCGCUGCGGCCUAUAAGGCGACUGUCUGUGAUUGCAGAGCUGCGCUUCUUCUCAAUAUCUCGGGUUUUGUGGAGAGAAAUGGCGGUUUUCGUUCGAACGAAGCGGGUUACCGAUCCACUCAACGACGAGGUGAGAAAUUGUUUGUGCGGGAGAGAUCACCGGAAUACCAGCUAUGUUAGUAGCGGGAGUGAACACGAGGGUGAUGACUCUCCUUGUCUCUCCGACCUAGUUUAUGGCUUCUUGGAAGAUAACGCUGAGGUCCGGCAACAGGAGGAUCGGUCCGACUCGGAUCAUGAUUUCUCCGGCAGUGAACGGACGGAUGUGAUCGAGGAUCUGGAGAAUGCGAUGAUGGUCGACGGUGGGGAUUCGUUUCGGUUGCUGCUUGUUUCUACUGUCUCCAAAGCGGUGGAGAUGUUCUCUUGCUUGAGACCGAAUAAGGCGGCCUUCCGUCGGCAGGUUAUGGUUUAUCUGCGGGAUUCAGGCUACAAUGCCGGGAUCUGCAAGACGAAAUGGGACAGCUCCGGCGGGGUGACUGCCGGGAGCUACGAGUUCAUCGACGUAGUCAGGUCGGAAGGCUCUGCGAGUCAGCAGCAGCAGAGAUACUUCGUGGACGUGGAUUUCGCCGGUGAGUUCGAGAUCGCGAGGCCAACGGCGCAUUACGAGAAGCUCCUAGAGCUGCUGCCGAGAGUUUACGUGGGAAGAUCGGAGCAGAUGAGGCGUAUCGUGAGGCUAAUGUGCGAUGCAGCGAAGAGAUCACUGAAGAGCAAGGGGCUUCAUCUUCCUCCAUGGAGAAAGAACCGUUACAUGCAAGCGAAAUGGUUCGGACCGUACAAGAGAACAGUUAAUCAGGUCCCGGCGUCGGCGGCAUUCCCGGCCGGCUUUGAGAAAUUCGCCGCGCAGUGCAGGUCCGUGGGAUUCGACGCCGUGUCUGACGGAACCGGCGGCCGUUUCGUCCGGCCGGCGACAACUCGGACAAGAUAAAAUAAUAACAAUAAUUUUUUUAAGAAAAAUCUGGUUCGUCUGUCAGAGAAAUCAUACGCGGCGGAUGCCAGCGUAAGGUUUGCGGCGCACGAUAGCAAGGGAAGAGGACAAAAGAGAAGGUGGGACCGACAUAGACUCAAUGUCUCAAUCUGCGAGGGCGAUGACACGUAGAUGUAAUCAAGGGUAUUGUUUGUGAGAUGACUUGUACGGUUUUGAGCCUGAUGUGAUGUGAAGGGACGCUUGAUGUGGUGUCGUGGCGAAGUUGACAGGACUUUUUCUGUACAGUGUAUUUGGUUAUUGUUUGAUCGGUUUGGGUACUGCGAGAUUUGUAGUAGAAGAAAAUAAAUAUAAAUUUUAAUACUAGGAAAAGGAAAUUAUUAUUUUUGAAUAUUCGGUUGUGGAUAAGGUUGAUGGCGGAGACAGGCAGCUUGCAAGUAUAUCUUUAAGUACAUCUUUGAGAAGUUUUUACA